ACCAAAUACCCAUUUCCAUAACACAUGAAUAUAAUACUCAUCAAAAAGUAUUAUGGUAGAGUAUGGGCCACUUUAUGAAAAUAGGGCGGUAAUAAUAAAACCAUCCCGCCACUUACACUUAGCUUUUUUUUUUCAUUUCAUUUGGGGCCAAUUCAUUUCCUUCUCUUUUUUCCUCAUCAUUCUCUCUCCUCUCUCUCGGAUCUCUUUCUCCCACUAGAGCUCUCUCCUUCACUCUUUCUCUCUCACCUUUGUCUUUGUGGAGAUCGACCGCUACCUUCCCCUACACGCACUGGCUAGGGAUCUUCAGAGGCCGUCGAAGCUUCGACCACGCGGAUCCAAGCCCUCACACGACACCGGAGUCAGUUCGAGCUAUUCGCUUGCAGAAGGUUACUUCCGGCAUGAGUCCAGCAUUCAAUCUCUAUGGUUGCACACUAAUAGUGCUUCCCGAAUGGAAACCCCCUGUCUAUGAUAAUACACAUGGUAUAACUCUGGUCACUGCUUCUACUCGUCGUAAUUCUCCAAAUAAUUUGGAUUCAAAGAUUCACCACAAUAACCUUCUCAAUAAUAUACUAGCAAAGUAUGAAUGCAUGCAGUACCUGAAGAAGCAGUUCCAGCAAAAACAGCUUGCAUGUACUGUUGGACAGUUUCUCUUUUUUUCUGUAGUAUGGAUUUUGGAGUAUGGAAAGAAAACAUCAGAAACACUUACAACAAAUGGGACGGGGUUGCUCGCAGCACCACACAGAAAUCUUAUGAGACAAAACAGUAUAAGAAGGGGUUGAAGGCUGCGGACACUAUAUUGAAAAAGUUUCCAGACCAUGGAGGUAUAUUGAGAUGAUUUCUUUGGAGCAAUUCUUGACAACAUUUGUAGUUGAGGCCUUUAGAAUGGAAGAAUGUAUUUCACUAAUUUUUGUAUACAUUUCUUGUUUUGUAUUUAGUGAUAAAGGAAUCUAAAUUGUGCAUAAAUUAUGUUGUAAUAUGAUUUCUUAAGCCUAGAUUAGUAGACUAAAUAUUGUAAUUACAUUUGAGUAAUUAAUAAAAAUCUAUUUAUGUUACCUUA